AUGGCGCCGCUUAUGAACCACACCAAUAACUCGGAUGGCUAUGUCUUGAAUGAGUAUGGUUUCGACAACGGCACAAGCGAACACUUAGAUGCCCCUGCAUGGACAAAUGGCAUAUCAUCAAGUACGACGCGGAUUGGAAUCACUCGCAAUAGUUCGCCUCCGGGAGAAUCUCAUGCGUCGAAAGCUCCUUCUCAGGAACCCAUCGCUAUUUGCGGGAUGUCGGUUCGCCUCCCCGGUGGCCUACACUCACCACAACAGCUCUGGGACUUCUUAAUUGCCAAAGGCGAUGCUCGUGGCCCAGUCCCCAAAUCGAGGUACAAUGCCUCCGGGUACAACUCUGAGAUACCCAAACCCGGCAGCAUCAAAACCAAGCAUGGAUAUUUCCUUGAUGAUAGUAUUGACCUUGCUUCCAUCGAUACAUCGUUCUUCUCCAUGGCAAAGGUCGAUGUCGAGCGGAUGGACCCACAUCAACGGCAAAUGCUUGAGGUUGCCAGAGAGUGUAUCGAGGAUGCGGGUGUGACAAACUGGAAAGGACGACCCAUCGGUUGCUACAUGGGGAGCUUUGGCGAGGACUGGGCUGAGAUGUUUGCCAAGGAGAACCAGCAGUAUGGUCUAUACCGUGUGACUGGGUAUGGAGAUUUCAUGCUGUCCAACCGCAUUUCAUAUGAAAUGGAUCUAACAGGACCAAGCAUGGUCAUCCGUACUGGCUGCUCUGCAGCUCUUGUUGCGUUGCAUGAGGCAUGCUUAGCAGUUUCCAGAGGUGACUGUGAAGGAGCCAUUGUCGGCGGAGCCAAUCUGAUAAUGGCCCCGGGAAUGACCAUGGCAAUGACAGAGCAAGGCGUUCUUGCACCUGACGGAUCAUGUAAAACGUUCUCUGCUGAUGCUAAUGGCUAUGCUCGGGGAGAAGCGGUCUCUGCUAUAUUUAUCAAGCCGCUGGCCGACGCCAUACGUGAUGGCAAUCCGGUCCGAGCUGUUAUCCGGGCGACAGCUUCAAAUAGCGAUGGAAAGGGUACUGGGGGCGGUCUCCAAAUGCCUAACGAUAUUGCCCAAGAAGCCAUGAUCAGACGAGCCUACGAGGUUGCUGGAAUUAUGGAUUACUCCGGAACAGCCUUCGUUGAGUGUCAUGGCACAGGAACCGCAAUUGGGGACCCCAUUGAAGCCAGGGCAGUCGGUCGCGUCUUUGGACCUUCUGGAGGUGUUCAAAUCGGCUCUGUUAAGCCCAAUCUUGGCCACUCCGAAGGCGCCUCGGGCCUCACCUCGCUGAUCAAGUCAGUGUUGGCACUCGAGCAUCGCAUCAUUCCUCCGAACAUCAAAUUUAACGAGCCGAACCCCAGCAUUCCAUGGGAGUCUUGUGGUCUUUCUAUUCCCACGGAGGCAAUGCCGUGGCCUAAGUCUCGAAGUGAACGUAUCAGUGUUAACUCCUUUGGCAUUGGGGGCACAAACGCUCAUGUCAUCCUCGAUUCAGCUCAAAGCUUCGGCGUCUCUCCUAUUCCUGAUCGGCCUACUACCUCUCCACAACUGCUUGUUUAUUCCGCCAACAAUGCUGAUUCACUGAAGAAAAUAAUGGCCAGUUAUAAAGAUUACGCCCAAAAAUAUCCCCAUAGGGUGAAUGACCUGGCCUUCACUCUAGCCAACCGAAGAGAGCAUUUGCCUCAUCGAGCAUUCGCCGUGGUAAACCUGUUUGGUGAGGUUACAGCUUCGCUACCUUCUAGAUCUGGUGAAACUCCCAGCAUUGUCAUGGUCUUCACCGGUCAGGGUGCCCAAUGGCCAGAAAUGGGUCGGUGCAUGAUCCUAAGCUCAGCCUAUCCCGCUUUCAAAAAAAGCAUCACAUCUCUCGAUGCGCAUAUACAGAAACUCAAGGACGCUCCGAAGUGGACUAUCGAGGAAGAGCUUCAGAAAUCGAGUAAAAUUAGCAGACUUGGCUCCGCUGAAUUUUCUCAGCCUCUUUGCACCGCAAUUCAAAUUGCCCUGGUCGACACAUUUGCUUCUGUUGGUAUUCAACCUACUGCUAUUGUCGGCCACUCUAGUGGCGAGAUAGCUGCAGCAUAUGCUGCCGGUGCCAUCACUGCCAAGGAGGCUAUCACAAUUGCAUUUUACCGCGGUCAGGUCACCAAACUCCAAACAAAAGUAGGCGCUAUGGCCUCGAUAGGCCUUGGCUCACGCAGUGUACAAGAAUAUUUGCAGCCCGGAGUGGUUGUUGCUUGCGAGAACUCGAACAAAAGUGUUACCCUCGCUGGUGACUGCGAGGCGGUUGAACUUGCGAUGAUCAGGAUCAAAGAAGCCCACCCUCAUGUCCUAGUCAGGAAGCUACAAGUCGACAAGGCAUAUCACUCUCACCAUAUGGCUGAGAUAGGCAACAAAUAUCAUGCCUUAAUCGAGAAUCAUCUAUCCAGCAAAAGCCCAGAAAAGACACUUGAAAAGUUGUUUUUCAGCAGUGUUGAGGGCAAGCUGCUCACCUACGAGUCGAGCCUGGGAUCCAGUUAUUGGCAGAGGAAUUUGGAGUCUCCCGUCUUAUUCCACUCCGCUAUUUCCUCCAUAAUUCAGCACGACAUUGCGAAGAAUAUGGUAUUCCUCGAGGUCGGCCCGCAUUCUGCCCUUGCUGGUCCCCUGCGGCAAAUUCAGACUCACCUUUCCAACACUUCUCCUUAUGUUUCUGCACUUGUCCGCAAGCAAAAUGAUGUGGUAUCAUUUCUGACAGCGAUUGGGACGGUAUACGCUCUCAAUGCCAGUGUCGACUUCAGUAGGGUCAUCGCGGAGGGUUCGGUUCUGCCCGACCUUCCAAGAUACCCCUGGGACCAUUCAAAGAAGUUCUGGUACGAGUCUCGAUUGAGCAAGAACUGGCGACACCGAGAACACAAGUAUCACGAUAUACUAGGUGUUCGAGUGGCAGAAAGUCUCGAAUUUGAGGUUCUUUUCCGCAACGUCUUCCAUUUAGAAAACGCGGCGUGGAUUCGCGAUCACAAGGUCGGCGACGAUAUCGUCUUCCCUUUCGCCGCCUAUGCUGGAAUGGUUGGUGAGGCUGUGCGGCAGGUCACUGGAGUCAAUGAAGCAUUCAAGCUGCGAAAUGUGGUCGUCAGUACUGCCCUGGUCUUAAGAGAAGGACAGCCAGUCGAACUCAUGACUACAAUGCGCCGUCACCGCUUGACGGAUUCUCUCGACAGUGACUGGUGGGAGUUCACUAUCGCUUCUCACACCGGCGCAGUUUCAACCAAGCACUGUUUUGGUGAGGCUAGGUCUCACAGCGGGGAUAUCUGCCACGCAGAAAGUAAUGCCCCCCUUGUGCGCAAAGUCGAUACCCGUCGCUGCUACCGGUCCAUGGCCAGGUGCGGUCUCAACUUUGGGCCCGCAUUCCAACGCCUUGAUGAUAUCAGGUCAGAUACUCUAACCCGAAUGGCAACAUCGGGCGUGAUUGGUAAGGCCACAGAUGGCGAGGGCUACCAUCUGCAUCCGACCAUCAUUGAUGCCUCCCUGCAGCUGCUCACUGUUGCAGCAUCCAAGGGCUACGCCGAUCCUACCACCAAGAUGAUGGUGCCGACCAACAUUGAGGAAUUGUGCAUUUAUAGAUGCCAUGAAGAUGUUCAACUCCGAGCAUCCGCAUCAUACACUCCAAAUGGCUCUAUCAUUGGCGGUGGACAGUGUAUUUCUUCUAAUGGCAAGGUUGUCUUGCACGCUUCCGGCAUCAGGCUCUCCGUUCUGGAUGACCCGGCAUCUGUCGAUGAAACUACAGCUCGCGCAGAAUGGGGCCCCCAUAUUGACUUUUUGGAUGUGAACACUCUCAUCCAGCCAUCGAUUGAUCGCAGUGCCCACACUCGAGCCCUGACAGAGCUAUCCCAUAUGUGUAUGCUUCACACAAAUCGUCUUAUUGCAGGACUAGAAACUCCAAUCAGUCACAUGCAAAAGUACCGGUCUUGGGUUGGCCAACAAUUGCAGCUUCGUGAAUUUGAACACCUCCAAACUCUCGACAACCCUGCCAUUGAGGAGCGGGUCAAACGCAUUGUUCACGAUUUGUCGCAAACUAUAGCCGCUGCCCCUUCCCAGGCCAUUCAAAAAAUAUUCAGCAAUGUUAAAAGUAUUUUCACUGGUGAGGUGGACGCGCUGGAUCUACUUCUUUCGGAUGGUACAAUGAACAGCCUGUAUGCCUCGAUGGAUCAGUGUGAUGAGUCGAAGUUCUUCGAGCACUUGGCCCACAGCAAGCCCAAUUUGCGCGUCCUUGAGAUCGGUGCCGGGUUGGGUGGGUCGACCGCUAAUGCUCUGAGGCUCUUAACGUCUGGCGGCAGAACGCUAUACUCGAGUUACACCUUCACUGAUAUUUCUUCUGGCUUCUUCGUUGCUGCGAAAGAUCGCUUCAGUUCAUAUCCCAAUAUUGAAUAUGCCACUCUAGAUAUCAGCAAAGACUGCUCGGAGCAGGGCUUCGAUGGUCGUACGUACGAUCUCAUCCUGGCGACCAACGUGAUUCACGCCACCCCAUCUCUUAGUGUGAGUUUGAGAAAUGUCUGUAAACUGCUCACACCCAACGGCCGGCUUUUGCUUCACGAGCUCACACCAACUUCUAAAUGGGUGAAUUACAUUUGGGGAACUCUACCCGGCUGGUGGCUGGGUGAAGCUGAUGGCCGAGUGGACGAGCCGUACGUGGGCGUUGAUCGCUGGGCGAAAGAACUGACAACUGCUGGAUUCCGUACCCCCGAUGCUGUCGUUCUUGAUUCACCAGAGCCAUACCAGCUGGGUGCCGUCAUUGUGGCCAGACCAGCGCUUGAAAUUGUUCCUAAGAAAUGCGUGACGCUCCUGAGUCUUUCUGAGUCCACGCACGUACGCUCCAUGGUUCAGGCUCUGGAAAAUAGGCAAUACGCGGUUGACUGUCGCGGACUGCAGGACAUGCCUUUACCUGCCGGCCAAGACGUGAUUGCUUUCCUUGAUGAUGAAGCGCCCUUUUUUGAAAACAUGGAUCAUCAGAGAUUUGAGUCGUUCAAAGCUUUAGUGGACAACAUGAAAGACCUCGGUAUUCUCUGGGUGACCGGCCUCUUACAAAUCGAGUGUCGCGAUCCACGAUUUGGCCAGAUCAAUGGCAUCGCGAGAUCCAUUCGAUCCGAGAGACUGGUCAGCCUUGCCACCUGUGAAGUUGACAAUGUCGAUUCGUCCUACGAAAAGAUCAUCGAUGUCUUCGAGAGCUUCCAACUGCGCCAAGAGGACCACUCUCUCAAACCUGAGUUCGAAUACGCCAUUGUCAAAAAUACGGUCCAGGUCGCACGCGUUCAUUCCUUUACGGUGCAAAAUGAGCUCUUGACCUCUGAUGCAAGUGACGUUAUUGCUCUGCGCACGAGUAAGCCUGGUCGUCUAAGUGCUUUGCACUGGGCCCGCCAGGAGAUCGAAGCACUGGAGGGUGAUGAUGUGGAGAUUAGCACAUAUUCUACUGGCUUGAACUUCAAAGAUGUCCUAUGUGCCAUGGGAAUUGUCGAGGCUUCGGAAAUUGGGUUCGGCUUUGAGGCUGCUGGUAUUGUUCGGCGUACUGGCCCUCACGUCAAGGACCUGAAGGCGGGUGACCGGGUAAUGUUGAUGGGGUCUUCUUCAUUCAGCACACAGGUUGUUGUUUCUGAGAAUCUUUGUGAGAAAAUUCCGGGUGGGUUGAGUUUCGAGGACGCGGCUACAAUGCCCUGCGUGUUCGCUACAUCGAUCUAUUGCAUAUUCAAUGUUGGAAAUCUACAGGCAGGACAGUCGGUUCUUAUACACAGUGCCUGUGGUGGGGUUGGUCUUGCUGCCAUCCAGUUGGCUCAGAUGAUUGGUGCUGAGAUCUACGCAACUGUCGGGAAUGAGGAGAAGGUGAAAUAUCUUAUGGACAAUUUUGGCCUACCUCGAAACAGAAUUUUCAAUUCUCGCAAUACCUCAUUUACUGAGGAUGUUCUGCGGGAGACUAACGGUGAAGGUGUCGAUCUGGCACUUAAUUCACUGUCUGGUGAGUUGCUACAUGCUACAUGGAAGUGCAUUGCAGCUUUUGGAAAAAUGGUCGAGAUUGGCAAGCGAGAUAUAAUAGGAUCUGGAAAGCUCGACAUGAGUCCUUUCAGAGAGAAUCGCAGCUAUUGUUGCGUCGACUUAGAUCAGGUCUGUUCAAGGAGACCGGUCAUUGUGAAGCAAAUACUCAAGAGCAUCAUUCAGCUGCUCAGGGAGCGAUAUAUCCACCCGAUUCGACCAAUCAAGGUCUUCAAGGCAGAUGAAAUACUCGACGCAUUCCGAUACAUGCAGCAGGGUACCCACCUGGGCAAGAUCGUCGUGUCCAUUCGUGAUUCUGCUGGUCAAGUCAGUACAGGGUUACACGCACAAAAGCGCAAAGAGCCCACGCAGUUCCCCAGUUCCGGCGCAUACCUCCUGGUUGGUGGCCUCGGAGGCUUAGGCCGUCCUCUUUCUGUGUGGAUGGCGGAACGCGGCGCUCGUCACUUCAUUUACCUUUCUCCCAGCGCGGGUACAAAUCAGGAGCACCUAGAGUUUGCCCAAGAGCUGGCUAGCAUGGGAUGCCGCGCCGACUUUGUGCAGGGUAGCGUUUCUAACCUUAGUGAUGUAAAAAGAUCCAUCACGCAAGCUCAUGGCCAGCUAAAGGGUAUCUUCCAGAUGUCAAUGGUGAAUCGUGAUCAAAAUUUGACACGUAUGACCAUCGAGGACUGGAACACAGCCGUGGAUCCCAAGGUCAAGGGAACCUGGAACCUCCACAAUGCAGCUGUCUCAGCCGACGCAGAACUUGACUUCUUCGUUCUUUUCAGUUCCCUUUCUGGUAUGUUUGGGCAGCCCGGUCAAAGCAACUAUGCCGGCGCGAACACCUUCUUGGAUGCAUUCUCUCAGUAUCGCUUGAGCUUGGGAUUGCCGGCUUGCGCGAUUGGGGUAGGGGCAGUUGAGGAAGUGGGCUGCCUCGCUGUUCGCGAGUCAAUCAUGCAAAGGUUCAAGGCCACUGGUAUCUUGGGUGAUACAAUCUCUGUGUGUGAGCUUUUCGAGGGAAUGGAGUUGGCCAUCAAAUCGACAAGGAACAAGUCGAGCCCUGUUACCUCAAACAACUUUUGUAUUGGGCUUCGCUCUAGAGUGCCCCUCAGUGAUCCCGAGAACCGUGCCCUCUGGAAGAAAGAUAUCCGCACGGCGGUCUUCCACAACAGAGAAGCUACCGGCAAAAAAUCAAGCACUUCCGCUAGUGACAAUAUCAGAUCCUUCAUUGCUGCGGCGAAGAGUAAUCCCGCUUUGUUGGCUCAACCCGAUUCUGCUCACCUUCUAGCUGUUGAAAUCGGAAAGAAAGUGUUCAGCUUCCUGCUGAAGUCAGAGGAUGACCUGCAUACGUGGUGCUCGUUAUCAGACCUGGGUAUGGAUUCCCUCGUGGCAAUCGAGGUGAGGCAGUGGUGGAAGAUGACGUUUGAAUUCGACAUCAGUGUGCUUGAGAUGAUGGGAAUGGGCACUCUAGAUGCCCUCGGGGAGCAUGCUGCCAAGGGUAUGCUGAUGUUAUUCCAUGGUGGCGAUGAACAGGCUAAUUAG